AGACGACUUAUUACAACUGUCUUGCGGAGGAUUCCGGAGAUAUUUGACGUGUCAGGUUUGUUGUCACCGCUGUCAAAUCUAGAGACUCUGAACAAAAUUAUGCGACUGAUUAUGAAAUCUCACUUAUGCUUACCCCAGUGGGAAGAUAUUUCGUAAGCCAAGGAGGCUAUCCGGCUUACGCAAACAACGUGAUUAUGCCGCUGAUUGCGAAACUUACAGUAGACCUUCACGUAGCAGGGGUUCAAUCCAGCGAGAUGUUUGACAUAGUGCGACGCGAUGUUCAAAAUUACGUCCUCGAACAGGCGACAAAAGAAGGAUUCCUAUGCGCCAGGCCGCGUCGCAGAAAUAGACGCCCUGUGAAAGAACUGCAACAUUCAAAACAGUUUCGGCUAUCUAUGGCUGCCACGUUUGCUGAACAGACAACCAACUCUGGUCAGAAUCUAUCACGUGGUGAGGUUGAGAAGUCACAAGCCCCAGCUCAGCAGCUUCACGCUGAUGACAAGUCUCUGUGUGACAUUAAAAGCUUGAAGGUAGUGGUUGACGACAAUGGAGUGGCAGAUAACAAGAAAGUGGCUGACGACAAGGGAUUGGCAGAUAACAAGAAAGUGGCUGACGACAAUGGAGUGGCAGAUAACAAGAAAGUGGCUGACGACAAUGGAGUGGCAGAUAACAAGAAUGUGGCUGACGACAAGGGAGUUGCAUAUAACAAGAAAGUGGCUGACGACAAGGGAGUGGCAGAUAACAAGAAAGUGGCUGACGACAAGGGAGUGGCAGAUAACAAAAAAGUGGCUGGCGACAAGGGAUUGGCAGUUAAUAAGAAAGUGGCUGACGACAAGGGAGUGGCAAAUAACAAGAAAGUGGCUGACGACAAGGGAGUGGCAGAUAACAAGAAAGUGGCUGACGACAAGGGAGUGGAAGAGAACAAGAAAGUGGCUGACGACAAGCGAGUUACAGAUAACAAGAAAGUAGCCGACGACAAGGGAGUGACAGAUAACAAGAAAGUGGCUGACGACAAGGGAGUGGCAGAUAACAAGAAAGUGGCUGACGACAUGGGAGUGGCAGAUAGCAAGAAAGUGGCUGACGACAAGGGAGUGGCAGAUAAUAAGAAAGUGGCUGACGACAAGGGAGUGGCAGAUAACAAGAAAAAGGCUGACGACAAGGGAGUGACAGAUAACAAGAAAGUGGCUGACGACAAGGGAGUGGCAGAUAACAAGAAAGUGGCUGACGACAAGGGAGUGGCAGAUAACAAGAAAGUGGCUGACGACAAGGGAGUGGCAGAUAAAAAGAAAGUGGAUGACGACAAGGGAGUGGCAGAUAACAAGAAAGUGGAUGACGACAAGGGAGUAACAGAUAACAAGAGAGUGGCUGAUGAAAAGGGAGUGGCAGAUAACGAUAAAGUGGCUGACGAUAAGGCAGUGGCAGAUAGCAAGAAAAUGGCUGACGACAUGGGAGUGGCAGAUAACAAGAUAGUGGCAAACGACAAGGGAGUGGCGGAUACUAAGAAAGUGGCUGACGACAAGGGAGUGGCAAAUAAGAAGAAAGUGGUUGACGACGAGGGGGUGGCAGAUAACAAAAAAGUGCCUGAUGACAUGGGAGUGGCAGAUAACAAGAAAGUGGCUGACGACAAGGGAGUGGCAGAUAACAAGAAAGUGGCUGACGACAAGGGAGUAGCAGAUAACAAGAAAGUGGCUGACGACAAGGGAGUGGCAGAUAACAAGAAAGUGGCUGACGACAAGGUAGUGGCAGAUAACAAGAAAGUGGCUGACGACAAGGGAUUGGCAGAUAACAAGGAAGUGGCUGACGACAAGAGAGUGGUAGAUAACAAGAAAGUGGCUGACGACAAGGGAGUGACUGGUGACAAGGGAGUGGUGAAUGAAAAAAGAGUGGCUUAUGACAAGGGAGUGGUGAAUGACAAGGGAGUGGUCGACGACAAUGGUAUAGCUGAUGACAAGGGCACUGUGGCUAAUUUCAAGGGAGUAGCUGAUCACAUGGGUGUGGCUGAAGAAACUGGAGUGAAUUAUGACAAGGGCCUGGUUAAUGAUAAAAAUCUGAAUGAUGAUGAAAAGGGCCUGGCUUAUGACAUCAGCCUCUCUGAUGAUAGGAGGAUCGCUGAUAUCAUCAAACGUUUCACUGAUAAAUUCUGUCUUGCUUAUUGCGAGAUCAUUGAUGAUGUCACGAUCAAUGCUGAUUAUAACAACCUAGCUUUUAAAGAGAGAUGUGCAGCAAGAGAGAAGCGCGAGAGCCUUUCUGGUGACAAGUGCAUGAAUGAUGUCAAGAAACGCACUAAUAACAAUACCCUUGCCAGUGACAUAAGCCUCUCUAAAGACAGGAGUAUGGAUGGACACAAAAGCCGUAAUGCUGACAAAGGCCUUAUUUAUGAAAAGGGUUUAACUGGUGACAUGAACCUCACUUAUGAUAAUAACAGUACUUAUGACAAGAGCCUCGUUGACAACAGAAGCCUGGUUGGUGACAAGGUUUUAAUUCAUGGGAAAAGCACAGCUGAUGGAGAUCAUCUGCAAUCAGUCAAGUACACAAGUUGUGGCUUAACGAAGAACACGUCGCUGGGACAAAUGCGCCCGUUCUUAAAACAAAUUCGUGCAGCUUUAAGGAGGCUUUGCUGUAUUCAUAAGAACAACGACUAACUUAAAGUCAAUUUAUUUUUACUAUUCUUGUUAUUUUUAUAUAUUUUACAAACGAUUGCUUAAUAUGUUUAAAAAAAUACAUUGAUUAUAAUGAUUGAGAAAUCAUUAAUAUUGA